ACAAGAGCGGGAAGAUAUUCAAGAAUCAAGAUAAGGAAGUUUUUGUUUGAAAGAAGAAUAAUGGCAGAGUCUGAUGACAAGGUAGAAACAGAGAGCAUGGAUACUGAGGUGACGGGAGCUUAUUAUCAGUAUUUUAUGGAAUUUAUUGAAAAGGCAAAGCAAGAAAUAUUCAGGCAUAAAAUAUCUCAUCACUUCCCAGAUGAUGUGGCCCAAAAAGCUGAAGAACUUUGGGCACAAACAUGUCCACAGUUAUCAACAGCAAUUGACCAAAGAAUAGCAGAUUUUAUGAAGACCACGUCAACUGAGAAGAAAUUCUUACAAUUGGAGGAAAUGAAACGAAGUGCUAAUGAUGGGGAUGAGAAUGCUAGUGCUGGUGAUGAUCCAAAGGAUAUAUCUGAGGAUAUUGUUGAUAGCCCGAUGGCCGAAUUCAUUGCUAAAUAUGAGGAGCAACUGUUGAAGAGUCAAAACACUAAAGAAGAACUGAUAGCUGAAAGCGAAAGAAAAAUGGAAAUCCUUGAUGAUUUGACGGAAGAAAUUGAGUGCCUCCUUACUCAAGUUGAGAAUGAAGUUGGCUUGAAAUCUCAAGAUUGAUGAAAAUCUUCAAGAAAUCCUGCAAUGAUUACGGCUUAAUCACUUUAAAUUUUUUUAUGCUUGAGUAACAUUUUGUAAUCUGUUAAGCACGUUACAUUAUUGUUCCUACUAUUUAUUAAGUACCUUUAAUUUAAAUAAUCAUUAUUUUCAAUAA